AUGGUGGCACCUCUCUACAAGCUGCACUGCCUGUUGAAGCGGGCUCAGAUGCUGCUGCUCUGCCUCGGCAUCGCCUAUCUGAUGGCAGGCAGCAUCCUGCUCCUGCAGCGCUCCAGCAUCAGAGUCGCCCAGCCGAACCUCGCCAUCCUGCCGCCCAUGCUGUCCCUAGCAGCGCCUCCCACCGCCCUCAGGACAGCGGGCCUGGCCGUGAGGGCCCGCUCCAGAUGGGCCGCCGUUCAGUCUGUCUCUGGAGGGGGAGCCAAGGCAGCGCGACACUGGCCUGCAUCCCGCAGCCUUGGGGUCCAACACUUGCAUCGCCGCUGGUUUCACAGUCUGAUGCCAGAGAGUCCGGAGCAGAGAGUCCCUCUGCACAGGAGCAGCAGGCACAAGGGGACCUACAUCGGUUGCUUUUUGCACAAUGCCACUGAUCGAGCCCUGGGAGGGACCAUGCUUUAUGACCUGCGCAAAAUGACCAGUUCUCUGUGUCAGGACACCUGCUCGGAAAGCGGGUACCAGUUUGCAGGUCUGGAGUACGGAGCUGAAUGCCACUGCGGGAACCGGAUCACUAGCCUACGGGCUCCUGAGGAGGACUGUAGUCUGGUCUGUCGGGGCGAGCGAGGUUCUCCCUGUGGCGGCGUCGGCCGACUCUCCAUUUACAAGGUGGAGGAGCAGCUGCCAGGUCACAGAAAAUUCAGAAAUGUUCACUUCCGCGGCUGCUUCACGUUGAAGAACAGCACAGUCGCCACCUUCCCUGUCCACUCCCUUCAGCCCAACCUGACAACCCAGUCCUGCAUCGAGACCUGCACUGAUAAGGAGCUGCCGCUGGCUGUGUUCAAGAAACCGCACUGUUUCUGUACUUGGACUUCUCCUCUGUUCAGUCUCAACACUGUUGUGAACCAAACCAGCAACUCCACACCCACAGCAUCCACCGAGCACGACCACUACCAGGUGUAUCACACUCCUGUGCUUGACUCCAGGUGCAAAGAGAGGAUGUUUCUGCCUCAGAGAUCCAGUUCCCUCGUGGCUCUUUCCAGUUUUCCUGGUGCAGGCAACACCUGGGUACGGCACCUCAUCGAGCUUGUGACCGGCUACUACACUGGCAGCUUCUAUUUCGACGGCACGCUAUACAACAGAGGUUUCAAAGGAGAGAAGGAUUACUGGAAGAGUGGCCGCAGCAUAUGCGUGAAGACCCACGAGAGUGGUCAGAAAGAGAUUGAAAUGUUCGACUCGACCAUCUUGCUGAUUCGAAACCCUUACCGCUCCCUCAUAGCUGAAUUCAACCGCAAGUGCGCCGGACAUUUAGGACACGCCACAGACACACAGUGGAAAAGUAAAGAAUGGCCAGAAUUUGUCUCCAGCUAUGCCCCCUGGUGGGCAUCCCAUGCGCUGAGCUGGCUGAAGUUUGGACACCGCCUGCUGGUGGUGCAUUACGAGGAGCUGCAGAGAGAUCUUCUCCCUCAGCUCCGUCUCAUCACAAGCUUUCUAAAUGUCACUAUGACUGAGGAAAGGCUGCUUUGUGCCCAGAGCAACCAGGACGGCCAUUUUAAGCGCUCUGUGGCGCAGAAAUCCUCCUUUGACCCGUUCAACCCCGACAUGAAACAGAUGAUUGACUCCUUCAUCCACACUGUUGACGAGGCACUGCAGAGCAGGAACUUUAGCAGACUUCCACAGGAAUACCUACCUAGAUGA